UGUUCUCUCCAGCACCUUCCGACCCCUAGUGCCCGGUACUCUUGCUCCACCAGGAACAGGCCAUUAUGUCUCGCCAGUCGAGUGUGUCCUUCCGGACCGGGGGCAGCCGUAGCUUCAGCACCGCCUCGGCCGUCACCCCAUCUGUCUCUCGCUCCAGUUUCACCACCGUGUCCCGGUCCGGGGGUGGCGGUGGCGGCUUUGGCAGGGUCAGCCUUGGGGGUGCUUGUGGAGUGGGUGGCUAUGGCAGCCGGAGCCUCUACAAUCUGGGGGGCUCCAAGAGGAUCUCCAUCAGCGCUAGCGGCGGCAGCUUCAGGAACCGAUUUGGGGCCGGUGCUGGAGGCGGCUUUGGCUUUGGCGGUGGAGCCGGGAGCGGAUUUGGUUUUGGCGGUGGAGCUGGUGGUGGCUUUGGGCUCGGUGGCGGCGCUGGCUUCGGAGGUGGCUUUGGUGGCCCCGGCUUCCCCGUCUGUCCCCCUGGAGGCAUCCAAGAGGUCACCGUCAACCAGAGUCUCCUGACUCCCCUCAACCUGCAAAUCGACCCCGCCAUCCAGCGGGUGAGGACCGAGGAGCGGGAGCAGAUCAAGACCCUCAACAACAAGUUCGCCUCCUUCAUCGACAAGGUGCGCUUCCUGGAGCAGCAGAACAAGGUCCUGGACACCAAGUGGACCCUGCUCCAGGAGCAGGGCACCAAGACCGUGAGGCAGAACCUGGAGCCUUUGUUCGAGCAGUACAUCAACAACCUCCGGAGACAGCUGGACGGUAUCCUUGGGGAGAGAGGCCGCCUGGACUCCGAGCUGAGGAACAUGCAGGACCUGGUGGAGGACUUCAAGAACAAGUAUGAAGAUGAAAUCAACAAGCGUACCACUGCUGAGAAUGAGUUUGUGAUGCUGAAGAAGGAUGUGGAUGCUGCCUACAUGAACAAGGUAGAGCUAGAGGCCAAGGUCGACGCACUGAUGGAUGAGAUCAACUUCAUGAGGAUGUUCUUUGAGGCGGAGCUGUCCCAGAUGCAGACACACGUCUCAGACACAUCUGUCAUCCUCUCCAUGGACAACAACCGCAGCCUGGACCUGGACAGCAUCAUUGCCGAGGUCAAGGCCCAGUACGAGGAGAUCGCCAACCGCAGCCGGACGGAGGCCGAGUCCUGGUACCAGACCAAGUACGAGGAGCUGCAGCAGACAGCUGGCCGGCACGGCGAUGAUCUUCGCAACACCAAGCAUGAGAUCUCCGAGAUGAACCGGAUGAUCCAGAGGCUGAGAGCCGAGAUCGACAAUGUCAAGAAGCAGUGCGCCAACCUGCAGGCCGCCAUUGCUGAUGCUGAGCAGCGCGGCGAACUGGCCCUCAAGGAUGCCAGGAACAAGCUGGCUGAGCUGGAGGAUGCCCUGCAGAAGGCCAAGCAGGACAUGGCCCGGCUGCUGAGGGAGUACCAGGAGCUGAUGAACACCAAGCUGGCCCUGGACGUGGAGAUCGCCACCUACAGGAAGCUGCUGGAGGGCGAGGAGUGCAGACUGAGUGGAGAAGGAGUUGGACCAGUCAACAUUUCUGUCGUCACAAACACAGUCUCCUCUGCCUACGGCGGUGGCAGUGGCUUUGGCGGCGGCCUUGGUGGAGGUCUUGGUGGCGGCCUCGGGGGAGGUCUUGGCGGCGGCCUCGGGGGAGGUCUUGGCGGCGGCCUCGGGGGAGGUAGCGGCGGAGGCUACUACUCCAGCAGCAGUGGCGGCGUUGGCCUAGGCAGUGGGCUCAGUGUGGGGGGCUCUGGCUUCAGUGCCGGCAGUGGCCGAGGCCUGGGGGUGGGCCUUGGCGGUAGUGGGGGAAGCAGCUCCAGCGUCAAAUUUGUGUCCACCACCUCCUCCUCCCGGAAGAGCUUCAAGAGCUAAGAGCCUGGAGGUCACUGCCUCCCAGUGCAGCAACCCCGCCAUGGGGACCGCCUCUUCAGGGUGGUUGCCCAAGCCAAGUUUUCUCUUUUUCUGGAGUGUAGGCUAGACCAAUCCUAUUGCAGAACCACAUUCUUUGGUUCCUGGCAGGGCCCAAUCCCCAGUUUCUAGUUUUCCGUUACGCGAUUCUCUGUUCUGCUUCAAAUCAACCUUUAGGUUUCUAUAGUGUGGUCCUGGGUGACAGAAGAAUCUAAGGUUUUCCAGUAUCUAAACCAUCAAAACAGUCCCCACCCCAAUCUCAAAUUUUGUUCUGGUUCUGACUACCUCCAGAGUGUGUUCAAUA